CCAUGCAGUCUGAUUGGCUGCCUGCUGACAUCCCCAAGCCCUGCACUUUUUAAUAGAAGCUUUUGGAUGAUCUACAGGGGGAAAGGCUUGGAGAGGUGCGUUUCUGACAAGAGAGAAAGUCAUUCUGCACUUCAAGGGACUUUGUUUGCCUGUUUGGGGUGGGGGGAUACUUCAUUUUUGCCCUUAAUGUUUUUCUGAAAACUUCACUGAGGUUUUCCUUUGCACCAGUCUGGACUAAUGGAUUACCACCUGCUUGGAUUAAUUUUAUCUUUUCUCUUCAGUGGCACAAAGGUCUUAGCCGGGUACCCAAUUUGGUGGUCCCUCGCGUUAGGCCAGCAAUACUCCUCGCUGGGGUCCCAGCCCAUCCUGUGUGGCUCCAUCCCCGGGCUGGUCCCCAAGCAGCUCCGCUUCUGCCGGAACUAUAUUGAAAUCAUGCCCAGCGUGGCCGAGGGGGUGAAGCUGGGGAUCCAGGAAUGUCAGCACCAGUUCCGAGGCCGGCGCUGGAACUGCACCACCAUUGACGACAGCCUGGCCAUCUUCGGGCCAGUCCUGGACAAAGCUACGCGAGAGUCCGCCUUUGUCCAUGCCAUUGCUUCAGCCGGCGUGGCCUUCGCUGUCACCCGCUCCUGUGCUGAGGGCACCUCCACCAUCUGCGGCUGCGACUCACACCACAAGGGACCCCCAGGCGAUGGCUGGAAAUGGGGGGGCUGCAGUGAGGAUGCUGACUUUGGCGUUCUGGUUUCCCGGGAGUUUGCAGAUGCCCGAGAGAACCGUCCGGAUGCCCGAUCAGCCAUGAACAGACACAAUAAUGAAGCAGGCAGAACGACGAUUCUGGAUCACAUGCACCUGAAGUGCAAGUGUCACGGCCUCUCAGGAAGUUGUGAGGUGAAGACCUGCUGGUGGGCACAGCCAGAUUUUCGGGCAAUUGGUGACUACCUGAAGGACAAGUACGAUAGCGCCUCUGAGAUGGUGGUGGAGAAGCACCGCGAGUCCCGGGGCUGGGUGGAAACCCUAAGGGCCAAGUAUGCCCUCUUCAAGCCCCCAACCGAGCGAGACCUGGUAUACUAUGAGAAUUCCCCCAAUUUCUGCGAGCCCAACCCCGAGACCGGCUCCUUUGGGACCAGGGACAGAACAUGCAACGUCACCUCCCACGGGAUCGACGGAUGCGCCUUGCUGUGCUGUGGGCGUGGCCACAACACCAGGAUGGAGAAGCGGAAAGAGAAGUGCCACUGCCUCUUCCACUGGUGCUGCUACGUGCGCUGCCAGGAAUGCCUCCGCGCCUACGACGUCCACACCUGCAAGUAAUCAACGGAGGGGGCGGUAGGCCAGAGCAGGGGGCCAGUGUCUCAUUGAGCCUGGGAGCAUCAUUCCUCACACAGCGGCUUCAUGCAUCACAGGAUGGCGCCGAAGACCACAAUGUACCCAAUAAGCUGUGCCGUGAUGUAUAUCGAGGCAGGCAUUCCCUUCAUGAAUACCACCACCAAACUGAGCAAGCUGGAGUCUAGCUCCUGUACGAGAGACUCCGCCAUGUGCUCUCCAAACCUCAUCAAUGUCUCCCAGGCGAGAACAAGGCAGCUCAAUGGCUUAGACAUUCCAUACCCAUUUUAGGUCACAUAGCUACUGAUUUUUCUCUAGUUCCACUCUGUUUGACAAGCGUCAACAUGGCAGGCAAUCUGUUCUGGCAAGGGAGGGGGACACAGGUCAGGACUGAGAUGUAUUGGAAGAGGUUUGUAACGGAUUCACAACUGGGAACACGUGGUGUGUCAGGUCGAGAUAGAAGUGCAUUGGCACAGCAGCUGUGCAGGGUUGGUUUAACUUUUAACACCGGGUUUAAGCAGAAAUGGAUUUAACAGUGAAACACAGGAAACUGUAGACUUCCUCCUUUCCCUGUCAAGGAACUCGUACCCUGCUGCCACUCUCAGAACCGAGCAUGGCCAGCAAUGGUUUCAUCACACCCACACCUUCCCCUGCAAGUCUCUAGCUCUCGCUUGAUCUGGUGGGUUCUCCAGCUAUUUCCCUUGCAGCUGCUUCUCCGGCUGGCCACUACCACAGCCCGAUGCCAUUCCUGUCUCCACUGCUAGUGUAUGCGAACACUGGCUGGCUUUCCCUUACCACACCCAGCCUCGCCGCUCCCUACUCGACUCCACCACUUGUAGGGAUGUUGCUAAUACUUCAAGUACCUGACUUGAAACAAAAUUCCUUGCUUUUUUAAUCAAGAAAAAAAGGUAUUUAAUAAAUAAAUAGCACAUUUAUUGCCUUGUAAUUAUUUUUUCUGUAGCCCAGUAUUCUAGCACUGACUGGAAAAUCCUUCCCAUCAACCUGCUGUAUCCAAAGUUUGUACAAAGUUGUAGAGGUUGUUGAUUUUUUAAAUUUUAUAUUCAGAAAAUUCUCUUUUUAUAAGCAUUAUUUAUUAUACAGUGUAUAUAUCUUUGAGUUAACUAAGAUUAUAUAUUAUAUAAAUAUAUACAUAUAUAUAUAUAUAUAUAUUUGGAGAUAAAUAUAUUUCAACCUGCUUUUUGUUGUUGUCCUGUUAAGACAUUAAAGAGAAAGUAAAUGAACUUAAACUGAU